AUUUGUUGCUGAAAUCACGGCCGCAGCCAUAGCAGCGGGUGGCGUAAACAAUAAGCACAGGGAGCGAUUGUAACGAAGAACAAGCGGAGUAGCAGGAAAAAAAGUUACUAAAUAGAAGGAUAUAUAUUUACAUUUAUAUAAAAACAAUAAAUGCUUGGAUUUUUUGCGAUGUGGAGCUACGAAUGCGCUAGCUAGGACCGGUUAGCUUUGGAAGUCGACUGCCGCUAUGCUAGCUUUGGGUUAGAUUAGCCGAAUAUUAUGGGAUGUAGCUAGUUAGAUGACCAGAGCUUUAGGGUGAAGGUGACGGUUCCAGGUCCAUGAGUUUGGAGUGUGAUGUUCAGUCUGAUGGCGAACUGCUGCAGCUGGCUGAAACGCUGGAGAGAACCUGCCAGGAAGGUUACACUGGUGAUGGUGGGACUGGACAAUGCUGGGAAAACCGCCACAGUACGGGGGAUCCAGGGAGAGAGUCCUCUGGAUGUGGCCCCUACGGUCGGCUUCUCUAAAGUAGACCUGAAGCAGGGCAAGUUCGAGGUCACCAUCUUCGACCUCGGCGGGGGGAAGCGGAUCCGGGGCAUCUGGAAGAACUACUACUCUGAGUCGUACGGCGUGGUGUUCGUGGUGGACUCGAGCGACGUGCAGAGGAUCCAGGAGACCAGAGACACCAUGGCGGAAGUGCUGCGGCACCCUCGCAUCGCCGGCAAGCCCGUCCUCGUGCUGGCCAACAAGCAGGAUCGAGACGGCGCGAUGGCUGAGGCGGACAUCAUCGAGAGCCUGUCACUUGAGAAGCUUGUCAACGAGAACAAGUGCCUCUGUCAGAUUGAACCGUGCUCUGCAGUCCUGGGCUGCGGUAAGAAGAUCGACAAGUCCAUAAGGAACGGCCUGAACUGGCUCCUGAACAACAUCGCUAAGGACUACGAGGUAAUCACGGAGCGCGUUCAGAGGGACACGGCCGAGCAGCGCGUACAGGAGGAGCAGGAUAAGAAGGAAAGAGCCGAGCGAGUGAAACGCAUCCGAGAGGAGAGAGACAAACAAGAGCGUGAAGAGGCGGAGAAAGCAGGCGGACAAAUAAAGGAGGAGGAGUCAGAGGAUGCCGAAAUGUCCAACCCUUUCCAGCCUAUAAACCAUGUCCCAGAGAAUGAAAACGAGUCGAAAAAAGGAAUGGAGAUGAAAAAGCAAGGAGAAGAGAUCACGCAGGACGGCGUCCUGGAGACAAAGAGCAAACAGGAGGACGAUGAGGAGGAGGACGAUGAGGAACAGGGAGAGAGCGAAAGACAGACGCCGGAGAGCCCAGAAUCAGGUCCAGCAGACCAGAGCAAAAAGAAGAUCAAGAAAAUACGGCUCAAGCGGAAAAACCGAGUCGACCCUCUCAUAACGGACGACGCAGCCAAGAGCCCGACUCCGCCUCCCGCACCAGUUGGAUGGGCCACUCCCAAAGUUUCUAGACUCCCCAAGCUCGAACCUCUUGGAGAUACAAGGCGUUCUGAUUUCUAUGGCAAGCCCCUCCCACCUGUAGCAAUUAGAGAGAGACCAAACGGAGAAACCCAUGAUGUCAUUUCCUAGCCCCUCCUCCUCUACUACCCCCCUCCCCACCCCCGCCCUUUCCUCCAUAAGGUUUAGAGACGCCUCGUCUCCACCAGUGACCUUGUUUUAUUUCUCUCAUCUCCAAGCGCGUGCUGUGUAAAUACGCAACAAUCACCAGCACCCCUGUAAGCGAGAGGAACCAAUCGGCUCGGGAGGGAGGGAUCACGUGACCGGCCCAGGACGAGAAAACAGACUGUGGAUCUACACCAUAAAAACGUGGACGUUUUGAUUAUUUUUUUUUAAUCUCAGAUAACAAAGAUUAUAAUAUUGCAUAUAAAAGCUUUAUUUUUUAGACUGAAUCACAUAUAAACUGUGAACUUUUCAAAACAGAAGAUUAUUAUGAUGUGUGUGUAAAUGACGCUAAGAGUGUGCCGUGCAGAAAACCACGAUCACAUACACACGAUCGUUCUCAAAACGCUAUUUAUAUCCUGCACAACACGGACGUUCGAAAUCCCGCUCCAACGUCCAAGAUUUCACCAGCAGUUUUCUACACUACAUACACUUUAUGGACUGAAGUUUGUGGACACUGGAGAUUUUGUGCUUUUUUUUUUGUCUCCAUUUGCUGUUGUAAUCAUUUCCAUUCUUCUGGGAAGAUGUACCACUAGAUUGCGCGGUGAUUUUGCACUCCUUCACAAGGGUGUUAGUAAAGUCAGGUAGGUGAGCUGAGGAGGUCUGGGGUGCAGUCAGAACUCACUUUCAUCCCAAAGGUGUUUAAAAGGGUUGAUCUUUCAUUCCAACUCAUGUAAAGCACAUCAUGGAGCUGGAGCUGGUCUGGAUCUUCAUGUCUGAACAGGUUUGGGUCUCCUAAUUCAACUGACGGGAAGAUUUCAUGUCCAUCCAAAGACAUAAUAUACAAUUGUGCAGCUUCAUCUUUAUGGUAACAGUUUGGGGAGGAACCACAUAUGGCUGGAGACGUCAGGUGUCCUAAUAGUGUAUCGUUAAAAGAAAACUCCACCCUGAACUUUUCAAUCUUUUUCCUGUUACCUAUAUUGAAAUUUGCCGAUCUGGGCGUCUGUACCCGAAGCGAUCGAUGCGGCGGCGCUUUAGUCUUUUAAGUCCGCCUGGAGUUUUUUUUCCACGGUUAUUUUUCUUGUCAUCUUUUAAGCUUUUAAACACAGCUUUUACACCUGAUACCUUCAUCAUCGCUAAGCGCUCCAGCCUGAUGCCAGAUCUCUCCCUCUGCCUCAUGUUGCAAUCUGGGGCUUUUCAAGUCCAGGAUUUUUGCACUACAAUCUCUAAUGUUGUGUUUUUGUUUUUUUAAGUUGCUGUUUGAAAUCUAUUCUCCUAUUGAACUCCAUUGCAACUUCACCAGCAAUCCUUAAUUCCUCAUACCGUGUCACAGCAUCUAACCAAACUAACCCACACAGGAGCUCCUGUAUAUCCACAUCACCGAGCUCUCAACAUAUUUAUUAAUGUUUCAGGGUGGAUUUUCUUUUUCCUUUAAAGUGAAUUUUUUCCCGACGGUGAAACGCACGAUUUAGGGAGUUCAUUUUAAACUGCUUUCUGGACACUUUGACGCUUUUGACGUCAAAAACAGCAAUGUUUCUCCCCCACCCCCACCCACACAAUUGUGGCGGUUGAGACUGUUACAGAUGUCAUUUAUUUUCGAAAGCAUAUGUUACAUUAAGCUGGAACAUUUCACACACGCAUACACACUACAUGGAUUUUACAUACAGAGGUAUAUUCAUUUCCUUACAGAAAUGUACUGUAAAUGGUAUAAGUAGGUUAUUUAUUUAGUUGUGAUUAUUUUUUUUAACCCUGUGCCUCCCUCAUGUUUUUGCUAAUCUAUUAUUUUAUAUUUGACACUUUUUUUUUUUUUGUUUUUGUUUGUUUUGUUUUGUUUUGUUUUUUUUUUCAUUUCAAACACGUAACACCUUUCUUGUUUGCUAAUCUCACAUUCUCAUACUGUUUUUGUUACGUGCACUUUUUAUCCGUCUUGUUUUAAUACGAAUGUAAUUAAAUCCAUAACUAUAUUUUAUUCA